AUGGCCUGUGUUACGCCGGACGUGGAUCCUAAGAUCGCCCAAUUCCUGGGAAAAUCUGGUUGGAAGUUCAAAAGGGGAUUUGACUAUUCCCUGCGACACUGUCAGGACAAAGUCUUAGAUGUGUUAGGGCCUGUAGCCAAGAUCUUCAACAUGGUUGAAUCAGCCUUGAUCGAGGGGGCACCAAUAGACCUUUUGGCCAUCAGAGGAUGGAUCCAACGUUCCAUAUGCUUGAUAGGCAAAGCCAUCCUGAUGAAAAUUGAGCCUAAACUCCUCAAUCUGGCAAUAUCUGAGCCUGGCACACAGGCAAAAGGUCUCCUGUUCGGAGAUGAUUUUGUUAAAGUCCUGGGCAAAUAUGUCAGUACCUUCAUGGCACUAGACAAAGCACAAACGAACAUGAAACAUGUGUUCUCUCAGAAGGUUUUUGAUGGGACCAGCAGACAUCGGGGCCAUCUGUCUGGCCGCUCUUCCUGGAGUUUGUACUCGGGCUAUCAGGGCUCUGCCACAUCUAGAUUCCAACCUCUGUAA